CAAAACCGUGAAAAAGAGAGAAGUUCAAGAUUCCAAUGGAAAUUGUUUUUCGGCUAUAAUAAUAAUUAUAAAAGCAUGUCGGCAUGUGGUUGUAGAAAUCAAAGACCAAUAAAACUAGUCUGUGUGUUUAUUCUAUGACAUAGAAAUGUGUAAGCAUUUAAGCUAGUCAGAGAAGCGUAGAAUAGUAGGUCUUGUGUUGUCUAGGCUUAGCCUAGCCUCCGCCAGAUUGAUAACUAACUUCAUCACCUCCUUGCUUCAUCCCACCAAGUUGAACUCACAGAGCCAGGGACCUGGCAAAGUUGGUUAGUGUAGGCCUAGGUCCUACUGCUGUGUCUGUACUUACUGGUAGUACAGUAGUGAAUGCAGAGGUGCAAACGAGACCCAAAACGAUGACUGUUCAACUAAUGUUGUGUAGCAUCACAUAAAACCUGCGUACCAUACCCCAACAGGAUGGCUCAAAUUAAGACCUACUGUCGUAUCAAACCAACCAACAAGAUAUCAAGUUUUUUUGACUGGGAUGAGGAUAAGGUGUGCAUUGGUAUCAGAACAGCUGGGGCAAGCGGAAACAGCUUUGACAGGACUAGGACUAGCACCAUCACGCAUGAUACAGAAUUCUCGCAUGUAUUUGGGCCGACAGUCACCCAGGCUGAAAUAUUUGAUGUUGUGGCUUCAAACAUUGUUGAAGGAUGUUUGGCUGGCUACAAUGGCACAAUAUUCGCUUACGGUCAGACUGGUUCGGGCAAGACAUACACAAUCGAGGGUGGCUCAAGAACAUAUGCUGAUAGGGGAGUGGCACCAAGGGCUUUAUCGACAGUGUACCAAUCUAUCCAGAAGUUGACGAGUUCAGACGUUACCAUCCAUGUUUCCUAUAUGGAGAUUUAUCAGGAAACUGGCUACGACCUUUUGAACCCAACAGCAAGAAUGUCGGGUGUUGUAGCCCAUUUGCCAAAGGUAUCUGUACGAGAUGGCCCCGGAAAUAGUUGCAUUAUUCGUAACCUUUCAACCCACAUUGCUGCAGAUGAGAACAUUGCUCAGAAUCUGUUACAUCAGGGACGAGUGAGUCGACGUAUUGCAGAGACUUCGUCAAAUCAACGAUCCUCGCGCUCUCAUGCUAUAUUUACUAUAUACUUGACACAGCAUGAUAGGAAAUCAGAUGUUAUUAGGAAAUCAAAGCUUCACCUUGUUGACUUGGCUGGUUCUGAACGUGCUGCCAAGUCGGGUAUCAAAGGCAAUCAGCUAGCUGAGGCCAAGUCAAUCAAUUUAUCUUUACAUCACCUUGAGGGAGUUAUCAUAGCCUUGCAGAAAAUGGCACAAAGUGAACGAAGGGACAGAAGACAGCGGAGUAGCAGUGCUGGGCCUUACCGUCAAAAACGAAUCAGCAGUGCCAGUAGCUCUCGUUCGUUGCCAUAUGACCGGCGAAGUGUGGGAGAACUAGCUAAUCCUAGGCAUGUGCCUUACAGGAACUCAUUACUAACUAUGCUCCUGAAGGAUAGCUUAGGAGGAAAUUGUUUGACAGCAAUGGUGGCAACUCUUUCGGUGCAAGACAUCAACAUUGGAGAAAGUUUAUCCACUUGUCGGUUUGCACAAAGAGUUGCUUGUAUUAAAAAUCAUGCAAGUCGAAAUGAAGAAUUGGAUGACAAGAUGAUUAUCAAGAGGUUAAGGAAAAGAGUUCUUGAACUUGAGAAAGAAAUAAAAAACAUGAAACAAGGAAUUCAAAGUCCCUGUAAAGAAACUGACAAUGUAAAAAUUCAGUUAGACCAGUUGGAACUGGAACCAGUUACGGGUUGUGUUUUUGGACGAUUCAACUGUGGUCCCAGUUCCAACUGGUCCCAACUCCAGCUGGACCAGUUGGAACUGGAACCAGUUGGGUGUUGUGUUUUGAACAAUUCAACUGGUCUUCAACUGGUGUCAGUUCCAUUCCAACUGGUCCCAAUUCCAACUGAUUGGUCUAUUAACGAUCGUUGUGUUCCUAACCCGUGUCAGAAUAAUGGGAGUUGUUAUUCGGGCCAACAUCGACUUUUUGAUGGUGAUGAGAGGUACUACUGUUCAUGUCCUCGUGGUACUGCUGGACCCAAGUGUGAAAUCAUCAGUACCGUGCCUAGCCUAGGUGUUUCUAAUGAAGAUGAAACUGUCCUAAGAAACGUGGUCGCGGAAUACUUUUCCCCUGAUAAUUCCGAGGAGGAAAUGAGUGAUUUAGAAGACACCGACGAUGAAGAAGAGGAGUCAGAAGAAGAAGUGGAAGUAGGCAUAGGACUAGACCAAGAUCAUGAUUUUGAUAGAGAAGACAUCAAUUGUGAAGAUCCAGCUAUUGUUGUCAGCCCAGCAAAAGAAUUUGCACAAAUGUUUUUCCCAUGUUUAUUUUUAAUCCAUGUUGUUUCAGUUACAACAAAGAUCUUCACAGCUGAGAGGGAUUGCUUGACACCGAUUCAACCUAAAUGUUCAACUAAAAAACGCCCAAAAGACAAGAAUCCACCAAAAUCAAUGUUAAUUGUUGUCUUUCAACUUUGCCAAACAGAUACUUUUGGGGAAAAAAUACUGUAG